ACAUUAUGAUUGUUCAGGAUCGUUGCCUACUCAUUCGUCGGAAGUAGAAAUUACAAAUAGAGAACGAGAUAUUGAUGUAAGGAUGCAAGACGACACCAUAUCUUCUGGCCUCUUGACCAUUGAUAUCAAUAAUGUUGGAAAUUCUGUUGAAGAGGAUGGUGUGUUCUUGACGUGGAAGGAUUUGUGGGUGACGGUUCCGGUUGGAAGACGGGGUCGGAGAUCAAUCCUUCAAGGGGUAACUGGGUAUGCCCGACCCGGGGAGAUGUUGGCUAUCAUGGGUCCAUCUGGUUGUGGCAAGUCUACACUGCUUGAUGCACUAGCAGGAAGACUGGAUUCAAACACAAGGCAAGCAGGAGAGAUUAUGGUCAAUAGUCAGAAGCAAGGUUUGGCCUAUGGAACAUCGGCAUAUGUGACUCAAGAUGAUGCUUUGAUCACAACUUUAACUGUUAGAGAAGCCGUCUACUACUCUGCUCAACUUCAGUUACCGGACACCAUGUCUAAGUUAGAGAAGAAGGAGAGAGCGGAGAUGACUAUAAAAGAGAUGGGCCUGCAAGAUGCCAUGGACACUAGGAUAGGAGGCUGGGGAGCUAAAGGCUUAAGUGGUGGUCAAAAGAGGAGAGUCAGCAUCUGCAUAGAAAUGCUAACGCGCCCAAAGCUACUCUUCCUUGAUGAGCCAACAAGUGGGCUUGAUAGUGCAGCAUCAUAUUACGUAAUGAGCAGAAUCGUAAGCCUGGGCCAAAGAGAUGGAGUUAGAAGAACUAUCAUUUCAUCAAUUCAUCAACCAAGCAGUGAAGUCUUUCAUCUUUUCCACAAUCUUUGCCUUCUGUCUUCAGGGAAAACAGUAUACUUCGGUCCUGCUUCAGGAGCGAAUGAGUUCUUUGCUUUGAAUGGAUUUCCUUGCCCGACUCUCAAUAACCCAUCUGAUCAUUUCUUGAAAACCAUAAACAAGGAUUUUGACAAGGAUCUUGAGCAAGGAUUGGAUGCUGCAAUGCCCACAGAGGAAGCAAUUAACACUCUAGUGAGAGCUUAUAAUUCAUCAGAAAUUUAUCAACAAGUUAAAAAAGAUGUAUCCAAAUUAUGCAAACAGGAUUAUGGAGAACUGGAGAAGAAAAAAAGCCACGCUGGCUUUUUUACUCAGUGUUUUGUCCUCACUAGAAGGUCUUUCACAAACAUGUAUCGUGAUUUAGGCUACUACUGGUUGCGACUAGCGAUCUAUAUUGCGAUGGGUACAGGCCUUGGAACUGUUUUUUGGAACCUAGGCUCCAGUUACCGCUCAAUUCAGGAUAGAGGUUCCCUCAUAGCAUUCGUAACUUCUUUCCUAACAUUCAUGGCCAUCGGCGGAUUCCCUUCUUUUGCAGAGGACAUGAAAGUAUUUGAACGGGAAAGAUUGAAUGGGCACUAUGGAGUAACUGCUUUUGCGGUUGGUAAUACUCUCUCUUCUAUGCCAUAUUUGGUCAUCAUUGCCUUGAUUCCUGGUGCAAUAGCUUAUUAUCCUCCAGGGCUUCAACGAGGAUUUGAUCACUUUCUUUACUUUGCUUGCGUGUUAUACGCGUGCAUGGUUUUGGUUGAGAGCAUAAUGAUGGUUGUGGCAAGUAUGGUCCCCAACUUCCUGAUGGGUAUAAUCACGGGUGCUGGAAUUCAAGGACUCAUGAUAUUAGGAGGUGGAUUCUUCCGGUUACCUAACGAUCUCCCUGCACCAUUUUGGAAGUACCCUCUAUACUACAUUGGUUUCCACAAAUAUGCCUAUCAAGGAUUGUUCAAAAACGAGUUUGAAGGACUGUCAUUUCCUGACAGUCAAACUGGACAACACAUCGUUGACGGUGAUGAGAUCUUGAGAAACAUAUGGCAAGUGGAGAUGGGUUACUCAAAAUGGGUUGACCUUGCCAUCUUGUUGGCGAUGGUGGUGCUCUAUCGAGUUCUGUUCUUAGUCAUCGUCAAGAGUUCUGAGAAGUUAAAACCUGUUAUUUCAGCUCUCUUGUCUGGUCCACCCAAGACAACACUGCCUGUCACGGAGAACCCCAUGGACACACCUUCAACAUUGGAAGCAUCUCUAGCGUAGAUUGAAGGUUUUCAGCAUGUAUAGAGUAGAUUGAAGAUCCUAUCUACAAAAAUAAAAUUGGUUAAUCCUUCAUACCCACAGUUUGAUCUUAGUAUCUUUAUAUACUGGUUAUCAUGCCAAGGCAACUGUUCUAAAGUUUGAUCUUCAAAUGAGGUAUUUGACAAGUAUAUAAGGUUAGAUGUUCAUCCUUGUAGAAUGAUGAAACUAUCGAAUUAUGAAUAUUUUUUAAUGCCUAUGGUAGUGUCAGAA